AUGCCCAUGCUUGCGAAACUCACCAUCCGUGGCGCCAGGGGCUGGACAACCUCGCCAUCCAUUCCGAUUCUCUCGUGCAAGUGGAGCUCACCAAUCUGCGCUGCUUGCAAAGAACUCAACAUUGUGGCGCCGGCUCUUGAGGACUUGGAAGUUACACACUGUUUCUUCUAUGAUCGGAGCCAACCGUUUGCCCAAGAUCACAGUCACUCACCUGGCAACACUUCGUGGAUGGAUCCAUAUGAUCCAAGCUCUCAUCCAUCUUGGCGAGAUGAGACAUCUUCAAUACUGAGGCCUUUCUUCUUUAUUGUUUAUGGGGAUGACAGCACUACACAUAAUCAAUCUUGUUUAUGUCUCUUGCGGCGUUUCAAGGUCAUCGAACAUCUUAUACUCACACUGACCUAUCUAUGGGACAUGGAUGACUAUCACUAUGUGAUGGAAGAUAUGACAGUGCUCCCGGACAUCAUGAUUUUGCACCUGAAUAUAUUGGCAAACAAACAUGCUUUUGGGGCCAGCGCAUUUCAUGUUCUCAGGAUGUGUUCUGGUAUAAGGAAGCUGAUGCUGGCAUUUCUUGCUCCUACUGUGGUGGAGGCACAAACUACAUGCCCACCGGGUUGCAUUUGCGGUGAGCACCAAAACUGGGAAACCGAGCACCUGUUGUUGAAUCAGCUCAAAGAAGUAGAAAUCACUCGGAUGAGAGGAUCGGAACAUGAAGUCACUUUUGUGAAGCAGCUGUUCAUUUGGGGGACAGCCUUAGAAAAGAUGACGGUGUUUUUUGACGAAUCGGUUACUGAAAACGUGGCCAAGGAGUUGUCCCAGGUGCUACGAAGCUUUGCUAGGCCAGAAAUACGCAUGGAAAUCCACACGUACAGGGCCAUGCUGAAGAUGAUGUAUAUACCCGAAGACUAA